GAAAAUUGUCAGAUUCAGAAAAAAAGGGAGAUGAAGGAAAAAAGCAGAGACGCCAAGCGAACGGGCAUUUACCGUCUCCGUGGGAAAAUCACCGACUUGCGGGUGGACAUCAAGCUGAGGCACCUAAGCGAAUGGCUGCCAGUCCCGAAGCUGGACUACUCCGGAGCUGGAGUUUACAGCACGCCCCCAGCCAGCAGUAGCACCGAUGAGUUCGGCCCAGCGAUCUGGGGCGACUGCUUCAUCUUUGUGCCGACUUGCGACGAUCCCAUCUUCAGCCUGGGCUACGGCAAGCAGGCCUACUACAACUACUACUAUCCGGCCACUGGCAGCUCGAGCAGCUCCCGACGCAGCUACGGUACCUUGGCCAGUCCUCGGAGACACGUAGAAAUUUCGGCCCGAUCGCACGAGCACACGCAGGAGCCAGUGCCAGAUCCAGAGCUGGAGCAGGGUCGACCGGAGACAGAGACGGAGAGCCAGGAGCAGAAUAAGUGGAGCGUGAUCAGCGAGGCCAGCCGGGCCUUCUACGCACUGAACAAGGAGCUGUGCAACGGGUGCACGGCCAACCUGCAGAUCGCCUGGCAGCAGAAGCACUUUAGUCGCGCGGAGCUGGAGACCUACAGCCAACCAAAAGACGCCUACGUUACGCCGCUGCAGCGCCGCUAUCACCGCUAUGCUCAGGACAUUUUACAGCUGCAGCAGCAUCAUCUGCGGAUGGAGGAGCAGCAGCAGGAGCUGGCAAAGGAGGAAUUGGUACACGUUAACCGCAAGGUACGCAAAUCGAAGCGAUGGCGCAGUGAGUCAUCGACGAUGUCGUGGUUCCCAAACGGGAGCAACUCCUCGGCGUCCAUGUCGCAGGUGUCGUUCCUAGAGGAUCCCAACUUCGCAGCCCGCACGUGCCUUAUCCACACGCUGAUCGAUGCAGAUGGCGUGGAGCACCUCCCAACGGAGGCGCGGCAGCUCCACGCCGACGGCUUUCAGGUAAUGUACGUUUACGCCGAUUUGCAGGAGGACACAUUGCUGGUGACCCUCCGGUACUCACCUGCGCUUGGGUUGCUCUACGUCUAUCCUGACUUCACCUGCAGCGCUGACGACAUGGACUAUGAGGUGAUGAUCGACAGGGUUGACGAUUGCCGCCAGCUCUACUGCUACGGCUUCCAGAGCUCUCCACCGCUGGAGGCGGUGGGCGCCGAGGAGUGGAACCUGCAGAUGGAAGCCCUGAUGCUGAAUAAGCGGAACGCAGAAGACCACCAGGGGAAGAAGGAACACGUGCAGUCGAAUGAGCUAGUUCCUCUGCCUGCGAAUGCCACCUCACAGGAGCUGCUGGACUACUUUCACAGGCAGCGGUCCCUCUCCAAGGAGCUGCGUGUCCUAAGCAACUUCGCGACGCCGCCCAACCGGAUGCGCCGCGUCUCGCUUCUGCUGGAUAUACAGGAGGCCCAGCACUUCGAGCACCCAAACAUCCAUGUGCGUUACCACAUCCAGCCGCCUCCCCACACCCUAGUGGAGACGAUGUCCACCGGCACUAAUCCGGUCCCGUUACGCGGCGCCACUUCCACCUGCAUGGACGCGGGCGAUGCCCGUUGCGCCCAAUUUGCCCACUGCUGGCAGCUGACGCUGCUCUGCGAGGAGCAGUUCGAUCCCGUACACUUGCUUCACAUCUACUUCGAGGUCAUUAGCAUAGACGGAUGGCAGCGCGAACGCUGCGAAGGCUAUACCCACUUCGCCUGCUCCGUGGUGGACCCGCUUCCGCCGUUGUCCGGCGAGGGCCUGCGAUUGCCGUGUAUACGUCCGAUGGGCAACUGGCUGGACACCCUCAACCGCUACUUCCUUGGCGGCCGCCAGAACUUCGACUUUGUGUCCUUCUUCAGGGGCCGUUCCAAGCCUCAAUCUAACCUUAACUCGCGCCUCAGCCUGGACACCGCAAAUGCCAUGCGGAACACCGGCUCGCUACUCUUCCGUAUUCGUAAGCUGCAGCAGCGCCAGCCGGAGAUGCUGCACCAGCUGAAGAUGCAGCUGGGCCUGAACAGCAGCGAAGAAAGCGAAACAGGCAAGGCUUCCACACUGGACGAGGUCAUAUCUGCCUUUAUACAGGCCAGGGAUCGCAUCCGGGAACUCUUGGGCCGUUCCGUUUCGUAUUGAAAGGACCCUCUGCACCCUCCACUUGCUUCCAUGCGAAAACUGGACUGAGUAAUACUCCUCGCAGAAAAUAAAAUAU